UACUGUGUGAGCUGUGAUUGGUCACAGCUUGUCACAUAGUACAAGGCUGUUGUGAAUAGCCUUGUACCAUGUGAUCUCUGUGAUCAUUCACAGAUUUCACACGUAGUAAGCAAUGAUGUCAGAAGUGACAUCUUGCUUACACCUAUUCAGAGGUCCCGUACAGCAGGCACCAGAUCGUGGUGCCACGUGCUCCCAGGGAGCGUGCACAGUCCAAAAUGGCAGGCGCCGUUUAUGA